AAGCGGAAGCGGAAGUGACGUUAAGGGAAGGUGGGGGUAAUCAUGGUGCCGCUGGGGAGGGGAGAAGCUGCUGCUGCCGCUGUUGCCGGGAGCCGCGGAGGAAGGCCAUUACCUUCUCACUUCUCACAAUUGAGCUGAGCACGACUGAACCAUGGGGGAGCACAGUCCGGACGACAACGUCAUCUUCUUCGAGGCCGAGGAUGAUGAGCUGACCCCCGAUGUCAAGAUGCUCAGGUUCGUGGAUAAAAACGGACUGGUGCCUUCCUCAUCCGGAACCGUUUAUGAUAGGACCACUGUUCUCAUCGAGCAGGACCCUGGCACUUUGGAGGAUGACGAUGACGACGGACAGUGUGCGGAACACUUGCCUUUUCUUGUGGGGGGUGAAGAGGGCUUCCACCUGAUAGACCAGGAAGCAAUGGCGCAGGGUUACGUGCAGCACAUUAUCUCACCAGAUCAGAUUCAUUUGACAAUAAACCCUGGUUCUACGCCCAUGCCAAGAAAUAUUGAAGGUGCAACCCUAACUCUGCAGUCGGAAUGUCCAGAAACAAAACGUAAAGAAGUAAAGCGGUACCAGUGCACCUUCGAGGGCUGUCCUCGCACCUACAGCACAGCAGGCAACCUGCGCACCCACCAGAAGACUCAUCGAGGAGAGUACACCUUCGUCUGCAAUCAGGAAGGCUGUGGCAAGGCCUUCCUCACCUCUUACAGCCUCAGGAUCCAUGUGCGGGUGCACACGAAGGAGAAGCCAUUUGAGUGCGAUGUACAGGGCUGCGAGAAGGCGUUCAACACGCUGUACAGGCUGAAAGCACAUCAGAGGCUUCACACAGGGAAAACGUUUAACUGUGAAUCUGAAGGCUGCAGCAAGUACUUCACCACACUCAGUGACCUGAGGAAGCACAUUCGGACACAUACAGGAGAAAAGCCAUUUCGGUGUGAUCAUGAUGGCUGUGGAAAAGCAUUUGCAGCAAGCCACCACCUUAAAACUCACGUCCGUACACAUACUGGUGAAAGACCCUUCUUCUGCCCCAGUAAUGGCUGUGAGAAAACAUUCAGCACUCAGUACAGUCUCAAAAGUCACAUGAAAGGUCAUGAUAACAAAGGACACUCAUGCAGUGCACUUCCACAACACAACGGAUCAGAGGAUACAAAUCACUCACUUCAUCUGAAUGCCUUGAGCCUUCUGUCCACAGAAGAUAGAAUUUUGGGAGAAAAUUCCAGUAGAACACAGGACCAGGACCUCAGCACAGUUUCACCAGCAACCAUCUUUAAAUCAAUGUUCCAGAAUUCUGAUGCUGCAGCGAUUCAGGAAGAUCCUCAGCAGACAGCCGCCUUGAUUGAAAGUUUUAAUGGUGAUGCAGAGUCAGUCAGUGAUGUUCCGCCACCCACAGGAAAUUCAGCAUCUUUAUCUCUUCCACUUGUACUGCAGCCUGUCAUCUCCGAGCCACCUCAGCCUCUGCCACCAGCCUCAGCUCCGUCUGCUCCUCCGCCUGCUCCCUCCCUGGGAACUGGUCCCCAGCAAGCUGCAUUUGGCAACCCCCCUGCUCUCUUACAACCUCCAGAAGUGCCUGUUCCCCACAGCACGCAGUUUGCUGCUAAUCAUCAAGAGUUUCUUCCGCACCCCCAGGCACCGCAGCCCAUCGUCCCAGGACUCUCUGUUGUUGCUGGGGCUUCUGCGUCAGCCACAGCAGCACCAGCCCCACCACAAAGUACUACUGAGCCCCUGCCGGCCAUGGUCCAGACUUUGCCCCUGGGUGCCAACUCUGUCCUAACUAGUAAUCCCACUAUAACCAUCACCCCGACUCCCAGCACGGCCAUCCUGCAGUCCAACCUGGUCAUGGGAGAACAGAACUUACAGUGGAUAUUAAAUGGUGCCACCAAUUCUCCACAAAACCAGGAACAAAUUCAGCAAGCAUCUAAAGUUGAGAAGGUGUUUUUCACGACUGCGGUACCAGUAGCCAGUAGCACAGGGAGCUCUGUACAGCAGAUUGGCCUCAGUCUUCCUGUGAUCAUCAUCAAACAAGAGGAGGCAUGUCAGUGUCAGUGUGCAUGUCGGGACUCUGCCAAGGAGCGGGCGACUGGCAGGAGAAAGGGCUGUUCUUCCCCACCCCCUCCAGAGUCAAACCCUCAGCCUCCUGAUGGACCCAGCCUGCCGCUGCCUCCACAGACUUUUUCAUUACCCCUGGUCCCCCUGUUGUCAUCCUCCACCGCACCCUCUUCCUGUGAGCAAAGCAGACAAACAGAGACUCCUGCGUACUCUCAGACAGAAAUAAGUGCCAUGGAUGUGUCAGAGUUCCUGUCCCUCCAGGGCCUCAGCACCCCGUCCAGUCUGAUUCCCAUUGAAGCACUGCUGCAGAGGGAGGAGGAGAUGGGCCUGACCAGCAGCUUCUCCAAGUGAACAGUGUGUGUGUGCUCGCGUGCUCGCCUCCUGGAAGAGGGUGAGCAGGAGGCGCAAGGUGCCACGCCCACCAUCAUGGGGUCAGAAUUUGAAGGAUGAAGAAAUCUACUGUUUGAAUUCCUCGCCUUUCAGAUGUGUUUUCUUUAUUCACAUACCAGGAGCAUCCAUUUUAAGGAACUGAUCUUUGGGAAAAACAAAAAAAACAAAAAAAAAAAACAACAAAAAAAAGCUAAGUUAUAAAUGAACUGUUUGGCUGCACUGUUUGUCACUUUUGCUUAUUGUCAUGUGAACUUGGAAAUUAAGGUUACUCGUGCGCAUAAAAAUUCUAAAUGAAAGGGUGUGGUUUCCAUCAAUCUGACACUGCCCAUCACUUGCACUGGGGUCUUUGUGGAUUGGGCAGAAAGUUCAGUGUGUUGGGUGUUGCUCCUCCCUGUGUGUCUUUUGAGUCUGAGGCUCCAGACUGCUCUGAAGGCCAGCCCCUCACCCGCUCCGGGAGGGCCAUGGCAAGGUGAAAGAGCUGUGAGACAGGCAGAGUUCAGGCGAGAUGGCUUUGUUGUUUGCGCUUGGCGUCCGUGGAGCUCAGGGUGGCUAGCGCGGGGCUCAUGCUGCAGCCCGCUUCCGCAGCAGGCCCGGGCCCAGGCUGCGGGGAUGUGCUGGCUCUGCGGGGCCCUGGGCAAGUUGUUAAGUGUGGUCUGUCGCUGAUGUGUGUGAAGAGCAGGCUGUAGCAACAUGACCACAGUCUGCCUUCCUGGUCCCUGGUGUCAGCUGUGGGGAUUGCUGAGCGCAGUGAAUUGCCUUGGGGCACAUGCCUGUUUUGUCCUAGAGUGAACAUGUGGCUAUAGCUGAUUGGUGGUUGGUGGCCUGCCUGCCUUCAGUGACGUUUUCUGCCUCAGAGCAGAAGGACUGCAUUUUGCUUAUCAGGAGAAGGUACAGACUUAAGGGAGUUGGGGGUGGUGUGGAAUUGGCAGGCCGUGCGUCCUGGUUCCAGGCGUAGCCAGGCUUUCGGUUGCCCCUUCCCCCACCUCUUCUUCUCAGCCUUCUGGAUUUUGCAUAUACAGUGCAAACCAGGCUGUGGCUUGCUCAACGUAGUGGUUUCUAAACAAAAGGAAAAGACAAAAAAAAAAAAAGAAAGAAAAGAAAAAGAAAAAGAAAUAAAACGAUGAUCUUAUACUCAGGGUAAAACAAAAUGAAAAACUCCCCCUUCCACCAAAAAGCCUGAAAUGUUGCAAUAAGUUAUCUCAUUUGGAAUGUUGCAUUAAGUUGUGUUAGAGGAAAGAAGGUUUUUCUCAGUUGUGUAUAGAAUUAUAUCCAUCUGUCUGCCUUUGGCUCUAAGUCACUGCCUCUUAAAAUAAGACAUAAAAUAGACUCCACACUGGAAUGGAAAGUUCCUCUCGGCUGGCUCAGAAGCUAGCCGGGCCCAGCCUGUGGACUAGGCCCCUCGCCUCCCCAAGAGCGCCUGCCCUGCCUUGAGCUGCGGCUUAGAGCCCAGGCCGCUCUUCGGGUCAAGCGCAGCAGAAAGCAGCCCUCAUUUUGCCUCGCGUUUCCACCCCGACGUAAAGAGAUGUGCGUGGGUCACUCCUGCUCUCUGAGCCGGCACUCAGGGCCAGCCAGGACAGCAGACAGCAGAUCACCUCCCUGCCUUCAGCUGGCACGUUCAGGGGCCGACGUGGGUGAGAGGAUGGUGGUAGUGAGAGCUGGGACUGCGCAAGGAGAAACAGCAGCCGAGUUCAUUCCAGGAGUCUAGCCAGGAGAAUUGAUUUUUUUUGACCUCCUGCACUCCCCUCCCCAAAAGGCUGGUGGGUUUUGGCAACCUUUGACCUCAGCACAAGUUGAUAAGGCAGGAGGCAUCUUCUAUUACACACUGGGUCAGGUCCUCCUAGAACAGCAGCUCUGAGCUUGGCUCAUCCUUGGUUGCCUCUGGGCCUUGCAUUCCCCCGUAGGAAGCCUUGAGCUAAAGCCCUUGCUGUUUUCUCUACAACUUCUGAGAGCGCAGCAGAAGGGACCCCCAAAGUAGCUUGUAUCAGAGAGCAGUAAUGACCUUCCCACAUGCCCAUCCUAGGGUCACCUGGGAUGCUGGCUGUCUGGGAGGUGGGGUAGGAAGUAGGCUCCCAGGGAAGAACACUGGAAGUGUCGAUGGUUUAAAUCUUGUUUUUUCCUGCUUAGCUAGGGCUGUGCUUGUGUUGGGCCCCACCCAGGUCAGUGGCUUUCCCACUCUCCACACAUCAGGGGUGAUGGAGAAAUAUCUUAAAAGUGUUUAGGCUGACAGAUUUUUCUACUUGAAAUAUCUGCGUUCUGAGGGUGAUUUUAGAUUACAAGAGACUAUAAGAUCCAAUCAGCUUUUGAAACAUCAGGAUUCUGUUUAAAACGCUAGCGAAUGGUUGUGAAGAGCAGGUGUAUUCCACAGGUUGGCUUCCAGCCUUCUCCCUCCCUGUCCUACCACAAGCCUGGCUUCUAGAACCAGGGACCUUGGAGAAGAGAAGACCCCUGGCUAGGAGCCAGAAAGAACCUUCAUGGAGAGAGUGGUUUCUCAAACCCAGGAAUGAACCUAGGAUAAGGUUAGGAAGGAUCCACAGAAUUCUAGGUGGCGAAAUUGAGCCUUUCUCCCCAUGGUAACCAUUUUCACCUUGUAGAUUUCUACUUUGGCUCCACUAGCAUCUCCAGUUAGACUGCGCCUUUAAAGAGUGCUGCUCAGCCCCAGGUAUGGACUUAGGUGGUCAGGAAACUGGCUGGCACCACCACACUGAGCCAUUCUCAGGCUGGUGGGCGGGGCACUGAGGGAAAGUGGCCCAGUCCUUCUGGCAGGGUCUGGCUAGUCUCAUGGGGGCAGCACUAGGUGUGGUGACAGGAAUGGUAUCAUUUCUUGAAUUCCACUCCCCUUUAGAAGGAGAUCAUGGUACCAAGCCCAGGAUGGGCCUUAAGAUGUGAACACCUCUCUGGGUAGAAGGCGAGGGGAGAGUCAGCCAAUUGGAGAGGUUGCCUUUCAGGGUCAAGGCAGUGGACUGAUGGGAUGAAUGGAGGGUGGGUGGUUUUUCCUGCGAGACUUUGUAUAAUGCUGAAUGUGUCCGGAGGGACAAGUUUGCAGAACCUCAUAUUGGUAUAUUAAAGAAAUAAUAAAAGUAAAAAGCACUUUAGGUUAUUUUAUCUUUAACCCAAUUGCUGCAAUUUCUUUUGUGUGUGUGUAUAUAUAUAUAUAUAUAUACAUAUAUAUACUGUCCACAAAGUUUUAUUUUUUUGCUCAGAAUAAAAAGUUAAAUUGAGGUGUGAAAAGCAAAGCACUUACCUUGGUGCAAUAUGUGUAGCUUGACAGCCGUUGUCCCAUGUGGCCCGGCCUGGCCGUGUGUUUCCGGAAGCUCCAUCAGCCCUGCGCUGAGGCUGUCCACAGGGAAGCUCCUUUAGGCAUUCUCUCAUCUAUGCAAGCCUUCCCUGUGUGCCCGGGGCGCCCCCUCAGGCUUGCUGAAGAACUGCUCUGCGGGCUGUUGAGGCCCCUUGUCGUCACUUCUUGGUCCCUUGCCAGCUUCCCCACUUCACCAUUACAAAGUGAUGCCUGAAAGAAGGAACAGGUUGUUCCUAGGUAAGAACCUGGCACCUUCCAGACGUUCAGAUCUGUAAUCACGUCCAUUGUCCUGCAUGGUAAAGACUGCUCCCGUGUCACUGAAACCACUGCUUUGUGGAACUACAAUGUCGCUUGAGAGUUUGUAGUUUCCUUACACCACCAAUCAGAAAUAUGUUCGGAGGGAUGGGAGUGGGAGUGGCGGUGAGGGGGUAGGUGACAGGAGUCAUUUCGGGAGUGCUCCGCAUACCACCUGCCUUGGCUGUUCCAGGAAGGCGGCCUCCAGCCGUCAUUAAACCCAGCACACAAAGCUGCCAUAAUCUAAUCUCUCUUAUGGACUUUCUUCCUUCUCCCUUGCCAUUUUAUCCCCGGCUCUCAGGCUCUAGAACAAAGAAGUUAUAACAUGCACUUCAGCCAAAGCAGAAAGGUAUUCACAGAUGUAAUAUGCAAAUGCUCCUGCCGUGAGCUAGACUGGACAUUGGCCAUUCCUUAAUAAUACUUGGGGAUGAAGGAAGCAACGGGAGACCGAUGACGCAUAUUUCUGAUUGGUCUAUCAGGUUGGCCUGUCUCCUCUCAAGUGCUCUCGGAGGCGUGGGGGAAAGGGUCCUGUCUCUUCUCCGCGCUUCAGGGAAGCUGCCGACCCCCGCCUGGGCAUUCCUCACUGUAGGUCCUGUUAGAGAGGGCUUCGCAGUCAGCACUAAAAAAUGCAAACUAAACUGGAUCUUCCCACCAACGUGUACAUAGUACAAGCUUUUUUACUGGAAGUGAGGUUUAAAUCCACACACUGCCCCUUUGGUGGUGUGCCUGCUGGGCCAAAAAUUGGGCGAUAACGGCGUGUCACUUUCUCAGCUCAAUGCAGUUUCUACUUUUCUUAUGGAAAAAUUUUUCAUAAAACCUUUUUUCACCAACCCCAGGGGUGUUUUUUGCAAUAUCCUUGUAGUGGUGCCAAGUCAGAGGCGUCUCCUGCCCUUUCCCUCCCGUGUUCUCAGGCCUUGCAAGGACUGUUGGACUGGACAGCCGACGUCCUUUGUUGCGUUCUGGAGAAGGUCGGGGUCAGAGGCUGGUCCCUUUUCCUGUGAACUCCUCCUCCUCUGUUUGGGGAAGAGGACUGAGAACAGGUGUUUGCUGGACCCCUGGCUCCACUCUCUUAGCCGGGAAAGGCAGAAGCCCCCGAGAGCCUUCUUUUUGUGACGCAUACUAAUCAUUGGCCGAUGGUCUUGGUGACAGUUUUUUACAUCCCAAGUAGUUUUAUUUGGAUUAUGUAAGUCUUUCAAAUUUAUUUAGGUGUGAAACAUGGGAACAACAGACUUCCACUGAGCGAUAUGAAAACGUUACAGGUUCAGUACUUCCAAAGGAAGAAACCUCCAAAACCCAAAAACGAAUAAAUAUGAAUUUGUAUUUUUGAAGAAUGUGAAAUAAUGGUGUUUGCUUAAUUGCUCAUUUUGUAUAAACUUAAUAUUGUACUUUAAGAUAUCUGCUAAGAAGUGAAAAUUUAACUUUUUGGAAUUGAAAAAGCAAUAUUAAAUACUAAUGAAAUCCUAAUUAAAUGCUUAU